ACUCGGGACGCGGAAGCGCGCAUAUCAGAGCUGGCAGUGCCCGGUGCACGGUCGUGUCCGGGCGGACAGCAUGGAUAGCCGGUUGUUGUGGGUGUUUGCGUCCGCAGUGUGCCUCCUCCUCCCCCUCCCUGUGCGCUCUCUGUCCGGGCAGACGUACCCGCUGACCGAUGAGGGCGGUCUGGGCAGAGUGUUUGACGGGAUCGGGGGUUUGAGCGGCGGAGGGGCCACGUCCCGGUUACUGGUAAACUAUGCUGAGCCGUACCGGAGCCAGAUCCUGGACUACCUGUUUAAGCCGAACUUCGGAGCAUCUUUACACAUUCUGAAGGUGGAGAUCGGAGGAGAUGCUCAGACUACAGACGGAACGGAGCCAUCGCACAUGCACUAUGAGAACGACGAGAACUACUUCCGGGGCUACGAGUGGUGGCUGAUGAAGGAGGCCAAGAAGAGGAACCCGAACAUAACGCUCAUAGCUUUGCCCUGGGCGUUCCCUGGCUGGGUCGGCCGAGGGAAGAACUGGCCCUAUGACUUCCCGGAUGUCACCGCAGCCUACGUGGUGAACUGGAUCCUGGGAGCCAAGACGUACCACGACUUGGACAUUCAGUAUAUUGGGAUCUGGAAUGAGAGGAACUUUGACUCCACGUACAUCAAGCUGCUGAGGUACACUCUGGACAAGGCCGGUCUGGCGUCGGUCCGCAUCGUAGCCAGCGAUAACCUGUGGGAGCCCAUUACCACGUCGCUGACGCUCGACCCAGAGCUCAGCAGCGCCGUAGACGUUAUAGGGGCUCAUUAUCCGGGAACCACCACAGUGCCGCAGGCCCUGAAGACCCAAAAGAAGCUGUGGUCAUCGGAGGACUACAGCACCUUCAACGACGAGGUGGGAGGAGGCUGCUGGGCGCGCAUCCUCAAUCAGAACUACGUCAACGGACAGAUGACUGCAACUAUCUCGUGGAACCUGGUGGCCAGUUACUACGAGGAGCUUCCGUUCGGGAGAGACGGGUUGAUGACGGCUCAGGAACCCUGGAGCGGAAAUUACGUGGUGGAGUCUCCGAUCUGGAUCACAGCCCACACGACCCAGUUCACUCAGCCCGGAUGGACAUACCUGCAGACCGUGGGACAUUUGUCCCAGGGAGGAAGUUAUGUGGCCCUCACCGACGGGUACGGAAACCUGACUGUUGUAAUAGAAACCAUGACUCACGAUCACUCCGUCUGCAUCAGACCUCCUCUUCCUCCUUUCAACGUCACAUCCCAGAACGCAACCUUUCAACUGAAAGGGUCCUUCGCCUCCAUCAAAGAGUUGCAGGUGUGGAGGUCGCACUUUGAUUUCAAGGCGAAGAAGCACUCGCUGUUUGAGAAACUGACUCCUGUGAAGCUUAUAGACGGAUCGUUUACUCUGAAUCUGGCUGAAGAUGAAGUUUAUACCCUCACCACCGUCAGGACGGGGCGGAAAGGAAGCUUCCCCGAUCCCCCGCCUUCAGCUCGCUUCCCUAAAACCUACAAGGACGACUUUGAUAUCCGAAACCCUCCGUUCUCCGAGGCCCCUAACUUCGCCGACCAAACUGGCGUGUUCGAGUACUACAUUAACCUGACGGACCCCGGACCCCACGCCUUCACAAUGCGACAGGUCGUGACGCAGAGGCCGGUCACCUGGGCGGCGGACUCGGAUCAAACGGUCACCGUCAUCGGAGACUAUCGGUGGCAGAACAUGAUGGUCUCCUGCGACGUCUUCAUGGAGAACGUAAAGAGCGGCGGCGUGUUCGUGGCGGCCAGGGUGGAUAAAGGGGGCCAAUCGAUACGCAGCGCUAAGGGAGUCUUCUUCUGGGUGUUUGCCAAUGGAUCGUACAGAGUUACCAAUGAUCUGGCUGGAAAGACGGUGCUGGCAGAGGGCGUAUCAGGAACUGGAGCGUUUGAUUGGUACAACUUAUCCCUCUUUGUGCAGGGUCAAAGCGCCUUCGGAGUGCUGGAUGGACGGCAGCUGUGGAAGAUCACUGGGGUUUCUUCACCAAAGAACGGCUGGGCAGCCAUAGGGACAGGCUCGUUUGAGCUGGCUCAGUUUGAUAACUUUAACGUGUUGGCAGAGUAAGGAUGGAACUGGGAAAUAAUAUGUUGUUUGUUUUUUUUAACAAUGAAAAGCUUUGGAACCUUGAUUUAUUUUUGCACAAAUGAAGAGAACGGGUGCGACGUGAUGAUGGAAGGUCCACUGAAGUCUUCAGUUUUUCUGCCUGAUUAACUUUGCACUGUUUUUGAGUCCUGUUGAUUUUAUUUUUUUAAUGCUUUUAUUUUGGUAACUGAAUGUGAAUGUCGAGGACUAAUUGUUUCACAUUUAAAGGGAAUACAUUAAGAAGGCUCUAGGAGCUGUUCAGGUAACAUUUUUUAUUACUGUAUUUCUGUGAAUUACAAAUCAGAAAAUAAAUCAGUUUUUUCUUACAUUU